GCAGAGAAUAGCGACUGCAUAUAUGUUGUCCUCAUAUUUCUUGUAUAAGGCAGUUUUGAAAUUGUGCAGGUCUGGGUAGAGAUCACAAAAUGGGAGCUUUUACAAAAAUCAUAUUGGCUAGUGUAUGUGUGGCUUUCCUAGCUGUCAAGUGGACUGCACCCAAUUUUGACGCAGAAUCUCUUAGAGGUGCCAGAGUGCUGGUGACGGGAGCCAGUACGGGUAUUGGUGAACAAAUGGCAUAUCACUAUGCCUGCUUUGGAGCCCAGAUAGUAAUUACAGCGAGGAGGGAGAAAGUGUUACAGCAGGUUGCAGAGAAGUGUCUGAGUUUGGGAGCCCAGAAGGCUCUCUACAUAGCUGCAGACAUGUCCAAUGAGUCAGACCCUGACAAAGCUGUAGAUUUUGCUCUGGAAAAGCUCAGAGGGUUGGAUUAUCUGGUUCUCAACCACAUCGGCCCGAGCCCCUUCAGCAUGUGGGAGGGAGAUGUGGAGCACACCAAGUGGCUGAUGAAGGUCAAUUUCUUCAGCUACAUUCAGAUGACCUGGAAAGCUCUGGCUGCCCUUGAGCGAAGCAAAGGAUCACUGGUGGUUGUUUCAUCAAUUUUAGGUAAAAUGCCCAGUCCCUUCGUAGCACCGUAUACCUCAACAAAAUUUGCCUUGAAUGGUUUCUUCGGGGCCCUCGGACACGAACUGGCGAUGAAGAAGAGCAAUGUGUCCAUCUCUUUAUGUACACUGGGACUCAUUGAUACUGAUUCAGCUAUGGAAAAAGUCAGGGGAGUCACCAGUGUACCAGCCUACCCUGCCUCAGACGCAGCAUUGAACAUCAUCAAAACAGGAGCUACGAGACAGCCGGAGCUCUUCUACCCUUGGUUCACCCACAUUGUGACUCUGACUAAAGACUGGAUCCCUUCCAUGACAAACUAUGUCAUCCAGAACUCCUACAAAUACAGCCCAUGAAAUGGGCAAUUGAUAUAUUCCACUACCUAGAUUUAGCCUUAAAUUUCUAGCAUAUCCAGACUUCUAGUGGCAAUCUUUCACUUUCCAGUUGGAAAAUAAUUUUACUAACAGCUAAAUGGAUCCGGUUACAAUAUUGUUACAAUAAAACGGACUACACCAUGUCCUUUUGUCCUCAUCUUGCUUUUGAGAGAGGUCCAUUCCUAAUGAUAGACUUACAGCUUGGGUUUGCUUCAUUUUGGCCACCUCGGAGACAUUUAAAAAUAAUUAUUUCCUAUGUGCACAGGUGGAAAUAAAAUAAAAAUCCACCUGGUUUACUACUCAGAAUACAACACAGGGGGCAGUGCACAGUAGGAGAACAUACUGCCUGAGAGACGAGUCAGGAAAAGGAAGCUGCUGAGGAGCAGAGGAUAUAACUUUUCACGUUACUGCAAUUCUGUGGUGAAAAUAAAUAAAAACACAUUUCCUCCA